AUGACUCAAUUGGCCCGCGAUUUCUUGAUAAACAAAUUCGAGCAGUACGAGAAGAAUGGUUCAUGGGAUAACAUUUAUCAGCGUCUGCUAGCUAAAUCAAAUCGGCAAGAGCGUUCUCUGAAGUUGACGUGUAAAGCAGCCCGCUCAAUUCAAAAUGCACGAAAGAAUCGCUACCGAGAUGCAGCACCAUGGGAUCAUUCUCGCAUCCACCUUCACGAUGUGCCUGAAGAUGAAUCCGACUACAUCAACGCUUCAUAUGUUACGGUGCCCGGAACGGAGCGUCGUUAUAUUUUGUCACAGGGACCACUUGAGAACACAUGUCACGCCUUCUGGUUGAUGUGCUGGCAGGUUGAAUCUCCUGGAAUCAUCAUGCUCAACAAAAUCAUCGAGAAAGGACAUUUGAAAUGUGCUGAAUACUACCCAUCGUUUGGAGGCGAACGAGAACUCGAAUUCGACCCUUUUCGCGUGUCAGUGGUUGAUGAACAGGAACGUGACAACUACAUAAUUCGUCGCAUCAAAUUGAGAAAAAUUGCAACUGGUGAAGAACGAGAAGUCUAUCAUAUGCAAUACACCGAAUGGCCCGAUUUUGGAUGCCCACAAAGCACCGAACACUUCCUGGAGCUUUUGGAUGAUUGUAGAAGGCGUGGUAUUCUGUCUCGGACCAAUGAUGAUUCACCUCCAAUUGUACACUGUUCUGCUGGAAUUGGCAGAACUGGGACUUUUAUUGUUUGUGACUCAAUUCUGCACAUGGUUGAAUCCGGACGAGAUUUGGAUGUCGAUCCAGAGGCACUAAUUGUUGAACUGCGCAAAAGUCGUAUGGGUUUGAUUCAAACUGCACAACAGCUUAGAUUUUGUUGGAAGGCAAUCGUCGAUCGUCUCAAGGCUUUGAAAGAAGCUCGAAAACAAAACACGGACGAAAGCGACGACGUGAAGGAAGCGACCGAACAGAGCGAUACUCCAGCAACCGUUGAUUCUGUUCGAACCGCUGUGAGUUUUAACGAAUCAAACAGC